ACAGUUAACUAUUUAUUUUUUUAGUAAUUUAUUUUACUUUCCUCCAACAAAUUAUCAUUCUUUAAAUGGUUUUGGGCAGAGGAAAACAAUGAGUAAUUUUAGUGUGUUUCACAAUGUACCACAAGAAAUGACUAAACAGAGUAAGAAAAGGAAAAAACGUUUUCAUCUGAAAUCAGCAAAAAAAAAAAAAAAAAAGUCACAAAGACACUUAUGUCACAUGUUCUUGACUACAGUGAUGUCGUUAAAAGUAGGGCACAAAAGCAUGAAGCAACAACUUCCAAUAGAUGCACGUUCAACUCCAACAGACUGAAGAUGUCUAUGCAUAUCUAUGCUAAUGAAGAAGCUAACAGUCAUGAUCUCAGGACAGGAAGACAGAUCUCCACAACACACCAAACAUCUGGAAGCUCAGAUGGAUGGAUUUACAAUCACUCCAGUUUUUACUACAUUUCCUCUGAGAAGAAAAGCUGGAAUGAGAGCAGAAGAUACUGUACGGAGAGAGGAGCAGAUCUGAUCAUCAUAAACAACAAAGAGGAAAGAGAUUUUGUUGAGAAGAACAUUGAUCGUCGUACUUUAUUCUGGAUUGGUCUGACUGACAUUGAUGAAGAGGGCUCGUGGAAAUGGGUUGACGGCAGCACACCGACCUUUUGGUUUUGGAGGACUAAUGAGCCCAAUGGCCAGCGAGGAGAAAAUUGUGCUGUAGUUCAUUCAACAAUUUGGGCCGAUUACAGAUGUAGUAACGCUUAUCCUUGGAUUUGUGAGAAGAACAUUUGAAUGUGACUUUUUAUAUGAGUUAAAGGAUUAGUUCACAUCUGAAUUAACAUUUCUGAUAAUUUACUCACCCCCAUGUCAUCCAAGAUGAUCGUGUCUUUCUUUCGUCGGUCGAAAAGAAAUGAAGGUUUUUGAUGAAAACA